UUCAAUCCACUGUGUAAUUCAUUCACCGCGGGUCCCUUCAAUCCACGCGUGUAAUUCAUUCACCGCGGGUCCCUUCAAUCCACGCGUGUAAUUCAUUCACCGCGGGUCCCUUCAAUCCACGCGUGUAAUUCAUUCACCGCGGUCCCUUCUCCCUACUGCGCUCGCCUGCGUAUUCACCGCGGCCCCUUGCGCCUACUGUACAAAGUGCAUUCGCCGCAUGGAGAUGCGGUUCACCCUCCGACUCGUGGUCCUCAGCAUGAGCGGUGGUCCCAUCUGCUCCCGGUUCUUCUCGGUGACUCCACUGAACUGCAAAGCCAAAUCGCGCGGAGCGCUGAGAAAAUAUGCAGCUCUAGCAGGAUCAGUGCUUGCAGGAGGCUGCGUGUUCGUCACGUACGAGGCCGCGUCGCUGCGCUUGGCCCUGCAGAUCCGGACGGCGGCCGUGGACGUUGAGAAGCUCAAGUCGUACAUCUACAUUGACACGGAGCCACCGCUGCCUCUCGGGAACCAGGGUCUGCCCGAGCGUGUGAGGGCUGGCCUGCACAGGCUGCGGCGGAGGCUCUACGAGGCCACGCUCGGGAGGCUGUGGAAGCCGCUGGAUGACAUUCUUCCUGGCGCCAACGAGGACGACAGGAGGCUGUGGCAGCUGCUGCAGAAAUCCCGCUCUGCCCAGCGGUCGGAGAGGCUCCAGGCCGUGCAGGAACUGGCGUCCGCCCACCACUGGCCCGAUUACCAGUACAGGAACGUGGCCCAGGCAAGCGAUGCGCGGACCCUGGUCGGCCUGGCUCGAUCCCGGGACGUGGACUUGAGAUUUUUCCUCCCUCCUGCCCCUCCGCUUCGUUCCGACACCGGCCCUUCGCCUGCCUUGGCGGAGGAGCUGCGAGCCCUGGUGGCUGCUCUGCCCCAGCGGAGUGAGGACUCGUGUCUGCACUACUUCACAUCGCUGGCGCUCAGGGACGGCUACGAGCACGUGGAGGCGCAGAGGGAUGGCCCGGGCUGCUUUGAGACGAGCGAGUUCCUCUACGCGCAGACGCUCAGCUCGCUGGCUCCCGAACGCGCCGAGGCCUUCUGCCUGCACGCUCUCCUGCACCACUCCAUGGUCCCGGGCCACGGUAAGCUCAUGGUGGACCGUGGUGCCUUGCGGCUGCUGCUGAGGCUGUACCUGGCGAGGCGCGACCCGGCACACAAGGCGCAGCGCCGGGUCACUCGCAUCCUGGGCAACCUGGCCGCGUGCCCGGAGCUGCACGGACAGAUCCACCAAUCCGGCUGGCUGCGGCUGCUGGUGGAGAUGUCUCAGAGCCCCCAGGUGGUGCAGGCGUGCCACGCAGCGCGGGCUCUCGCCAACCUGGACCGGGAGACGGCGCACGGCACCCUGGUCGAUGGAAUGUUCCUGCUGUACCCUCUACAUCGCAGCAGUGAGGAGGUGUCGGCGGAUGUGCUCUUUGUGCACGGCCUCCUGGGAGGUGGUUUCAAGACGUGGCGCCAGCAGGACGUGGAGGCGGCUCCCCCCAAGGAGGGCCCCGAGAGCGAGGCCUACACCCACUGCUGGCCCAAGGCCUGGUUGGCGCCCGACUGCCCGGGCAUUCGAAUCUUGAGCCUGGAUUACGACACGCACCUGAGCGACUGGAAGACCAAGUGCCCAGCGGAGCAGCACAGGCGCUCGCUGGCCUCUCGGAGCGUGGAGAUGCUGGAGAAGCUGAGGCUGGCGGGCGUGGGAGACCGCCCUCUCGUCUGGGUGGCGCACAGCAUGGGAGGCCUGCUGGUCAAGAAGAUGCUGUCGGAUGCGGAGAGGCUUCCGGAGUUCCGCCAGGUGGUGGAGCAGACUCACGGCGUGGUCUUCUACAGCGUCCCACACCGCGGCAGCCGCCUCGCCGAACUGUCGCGCAACGUCGGCUACCUCCUCUUCCCCUCCGUGGAGGUCAAAGAGCUCGGCCGCGACUCUCCGCGUCUCAAGGAGCUCCACGCGGCAUUCACGGCGCUGGUGCAGCGGCGCCGCCUGCGUGUGCUGAGCUUCGGGGAGACGCGGGCGACGCCGGUUCACGGGCUCAUCCGCAUGCUGGUGGUGCCUCUCCACUCGUCUGAUCCUGGAGUGGGGCAGUUCGUCGCGCUGGACGUCAACCACCUGAACGUGUGCAAGCCCCCGAGCAGGGAUUCUCUGCUCUACCAGAGGACGAUGAGCUUCAUCAGGGACUGCGUUAACGAGGGAAGGGCAGAGGGCGGUAACAAUGGCGGUGGCGGCGGCGGCAGCCUCACGUGACCAGUCACCUGAACUCUCACGCUUCAUAGCGUACGCAGCCAGCGUGAAGUGUGUGUGUGUGUGUGUCUGUGCGAGCGUGAGUUUGCACGCACGCACACACAGCCGACGUGAUGUGCGAGUGUGAAUUUGCACAGUGAGUGUGAAUUUGCUCACACACACACACACACAGCCAACGUGAUGUGUGGGUGUGAGUUUGCACAGUGAGUGUGAGUUUGCUCACACACACACACAGCCAACGUG